GUGGUGGGCGCGGGACUGGCGUGCAGGGGCCGGGGGCCGGCAUGGCGAGUUUUCGGGCCGAGCCGCUGCGACCCCUGCCUUGCAGGCUGGGCGCCAGGCGGCCGCCUCCGCGCGCCGCGAUGGGACUCGUGUCUCCUUUGUCAUCCAGGCUGGAGUGCAGUGGUAUGAACAUGGCUCACUGUAGCCUCGACCUCCUGGGCGCUGGGAUUACAGGAUAGCUAGCGGCCAGGAGAAAUAUAGUGGAAAAUGCAAAACAACGAAAUUAUAAAGCCUGCCAAAUACUUCUCAGAAUUGGAAAAGAGCAUCCUGCUGGCUUUAGUAGAAAAGUAUAAAUAUGUGCUGGAAUGUAAGAAAAGCGAUGCGCGAACUAUUGCCCUUAAGCAGCGUACCUGGCAGGCGCUGGCCCACGAAUACAACUCUCAGCCCAGCGUGUCCCUGCGGGAUUUCAAACAGCUGAAGAAGUGCUGGGAGAACAUCAAGGCUCGGACCAAAAAAAUUAUGGCCCAUGAAAGGAGGGAGAAAGUGAAACGGAGCGUCAGCCCUCUCCUGAGUACCCACGUCCUAGGGAAGGAGAAGAUCGCCAGCAUGCUGCCGGAGCAGCUCUACUUCCUGCAGAGCCCCCCGGAGGAGGAGCCCGAAUACCACCCCGACGCCUCGGCCCAAGAAUCAUUUGCUGUUUCAAAUAGAGAACUGUGCGAUGAUGAGAAAGAGUUCAUACAUUUUCCAGUAUGUGAGGGGACCUCUCAACCUGAACCCUCGUGUUCAGCUGUCAGAAUAACAGCCAAUAAAAACUACAGGAGCAAAACCUCUCAGGAAGGUGCUUUAAAAAAGAUGCAUGAGGAAGAACACCAUCAACAAAUGUCCAUCUUACAACUGCAACUGAUACAAAUGAAUGAGGUGCAUGUGGCCAAAAUCCAGCAGAUAGAGCGAGAGUGUGAGAUGGCAGAGGAGGAACACAGGAUAAAAAUGGAAGUUCUCAAUAAAAAGAAGAUGUAUUGGGAAAGAAAACUACAAACUUUUACCAAGGAAUGGCCUGUUUCCUCAUUUAACCGGCCCUUUCCCAAUUCACCCUAAGACUUUGGGGGUGGCUCUCUUGUAAUUAAUCUGUGUUGGCAAAGAAUGUUUGGAACAUGGACUUGCGGUCAGUAACCUGUAACAGAGCUACAACUAGGAAAAUUAGAGUGGUAGUAGUCACUUAUUUAAGAAUUCAUUCAGGUAAACAGCUGCACCCUCUGUACCCCUUAAGUGGCAAAGAAGCUGUUAUAGUCUUCUGAAAAUUAUCACUAUGAGUGCUAUAAUUCUGAAUGUAAUGUCUCUUAAUUAGAAUUCAUACAAGAACCAUGUGUGAGUGUUGUUGUUGUUGUUUUUUUUUUUUUAAAUCAAAUGCAAGUGUGACUAUAAAGGAGUGUGGCUGUUUUUUGUUUGUUUGUUUGUUUUCUUUUUAAACAGACAGCAGAACUUUUCUAUCCAAAUGAAUGCCCUCCCAUCGAAAGUGACUGUUCUGGGAGGCUACACGUUUCUCCAGUGGUGAUACUGUUGCUCAAACUUGCUAGAGGUCUUUAGGGAACCUCCAUGAGAGCUGCCACACUUUUUAAAUUUUCUCAGUAUCAUCCUCUGAGUAUGGAUUUUCUGUUUUUAAACAGCCCAGUGCUUAGAAGCGUAUUUUCUAAUGUGGUCAUAAACCACCUUUUAAGGCCUUUUCUUUUCUAAAUAAUUCUCCAGCAAUGGUAGUUCUUUUGGAACUAAGGAUGUAACUACUUUGAGGGAGAAAUGUUCGUUUAGAUUUCUACAUUCUGGUAUGUGGGUUUUAUUAAAAAAGGAAAGACUUGCAAUUUUAUAGUCACACUGUGUAUGUUUUUUAAAGGUGCUGCCUUCCCAGCUGUGCUCCACUUUUUGUCUUCUCUCUGUAGUUUCCUCCCAGCUUUGUACUACUGGGUUGAUGGUUGCCCUUGCUUUUAGUCUUUAGCUACCAAAGGAAAGGCCCUUCCCUCGCCAUGCUCAUGGUGCUAGCCAGUAGUAAUGCUUUGUAGCUGGCAUUACAUAGUUAGCAUUGGGCCUUUUGAGAACCCAUUACCAACAUAUUCGGAAAUAUGGAUUGAUAAAUGGAUAUUUUGACUGAGCUAUGGUAUAGCUUCUCCUGUAGCCUCCUGUUAAAAACAGCCCUGGGAGUUGGAGACAGCAGUAGUUGGAAGCAGCAAAGUGACACUUAAGUACCAAGGCAGAUCAGCAGUUUCCGACAAUGAGAGUUCAAGGCCAUGUGGUGGGGAAGGAGGAGUAUACGUGGCAGAGUCCACAUAAGUGAUACAGGCCUUGGAGUCGGGGCCUGAAUUCUAAGCUCAACUCUCCCUCAAGUUGCUGUAUGAAUGUGGGUAACUCCUUUUAACCCUUGGUGUGGUGUUUCCUGUCCACAGAACAAGGGAGUUGGGCUAGAUAAUGUUCCGAGUCUGUUACAACUUCUUGGCUAUGGAGUGGUCUGUAUAGUCUUGGAUGGGUAUUGCCCACAUCAUGAUCAGCUGGAGAGCAUGGGUCAAUAGGGAGAAAUUGUUUACUGCAAUGGCUAAGCUUCCCUCCUGCAUAAUUUUGGAAUUUGGGGGCUGGGGACCGUAAGUUUGGUAAGGUACACAUAUACUUGCUAUUUAUGCAUAGCACACAAAACAGAUAUGAAUUUAUUUUUAACACUGAAUUAUAUUUUCAAUGUCUCAAAGGAACUGGUUAUUUGAAGAAAGCCUAUGAAGACUAGUCUUCUUUGAGAGAAAAGAUCCUUUUGUAAGGAUUUAUGUUCUUAAUUUAGUUUUUACCAAAUGGACCCUUUUAGAGAAAGAAGCAUCGGGAUAAAGUCCCAAUCUUCAGUGGUUUCUGGAAGACAGAACCAGAUGCUUCAUGCCCUCCUACCCUUUUAGGAUUAGGACAGGGAACAGCAGACCCUAAACACACAUGUGAACUGAGCAAAGAUUGCCUUUGCUUUGCCUAUUGACACAGCUAAGAACCUCAUUAAUACAGAGAGUACAGAGUGGAGUCUGAGAUUCUACAUUUCUUACAAGUUCCUGGUUUAUGCCAGUUAUACUUGUCUGGUUAUCACACUUCUGAAUAGCAAGGUUUCAGAGGACUCUAUGAAGUUUUUAUUUCUCAGAAAUUUGGCUUAAGUACAUCUUUACAUACAGUGGUGCUAGAUAUUAUUCUCUCAGAACUUACAACUUAACCACACAACAAUGCAGAAGAACACAAAAAAUGCUUGCACACAGUAGUGUAUUUUAAUGGAACUAUAAAAGCAUUGAACUGAUUCCUAACUUUACAUAUAAAGGAUAAACCAGCAGCCUAAAGCACCUUGCUCUACUGUUAAUGGUACUUAUGAGUUUCUAACAGUAGCUUCCAACCUUGGCUAUGCAUUAGAAACAGCAUUUUAUAAAUAAUUAGUCCCACUGCAUCCCACUUCCAGAGGAUUCUGAUUCAAUUUACCUGGGCUGGGGCCUUGUCCUCUGUAUUUUUCAGAAGCUUUACAGGAGAUUAUGAUGCAUAAUUGGGAUUGAGAAUCACUGAUACAGCAUUCACAAAUGUGUCUCAUUUUAUUCUUCAUCCCAUGAGGCCAUGCAGAAGGAAGGAAAUGACACUCAAAGAAUAACUACCUGGUGUCAAGCCCAUGGCUAGCGAAUGGCAAAGCAGAACCUCAAUCCCAGAUUUCUUGACUCCAAAAUAUAUAGCCCAAACUGCCUGCCCUUGUCCCAUUCCUUGAGCUCUAUCAUGGGAUUGGUUUUAUCCUGAGUCAGAUCACAUUACAGGGUACUUGUUGCAGUGUCUCCAUUUUUGGAGUAUAUCACAAUUAUAUAUCACAAGUAUAUCACAAUUCAUUUCACUUUUGAGCAGUUUCUUACCUGAGGUAGAAAUGCAAUAACCGUUUCUUGGUAGGUGCUGUAGGGGAUAGACAGGUAAAUAUUAAGACACAGUUAAUCAUCCCCCACCUUGGCAAAUCAUGGACACAGCCCAGUAGGGAAUAUAAGGGUUGUACACAGCUAUCAUGUGCGUGAUCACUGCAUGUCUUCAAAGUGCGUUUGUACCUCAGCAGAGAACUAAGAAGCAUGAAGGAAGUCCUCAUGAAGAAGAUGGCAGUGGAGCUAAGUCUUCAGAGUUGGCAUUUUGGCAGGUGGAGAUUUGGAAACAGAAGAACUUCACUAGAUGCAAGGUCCUGUUGAAGAUUCAAGAUAAUGAGACACAUAAUUGAGAGGGAGUGAGAGCAUGGGGAAUUUCCGAGUUUGGGCGGUAACAUGAUCAGAACUGUACUACAGGAAGAAAAGUAGAAGAAGAACUGAGUGGAGAGAAGACUGGAGUAGGGGAUACCAGGUAGGAGGGUUUGUCCCUGGUUAGGAUGAGAUGACAGCAGGACCCAGAAGAGGUUGCAGUAAAAACCAGAGAGAUAGCCGGGUGCAGUGGCUCACGCCUGUAAUCCCAGCACAUUGGGAGGCUGAGGCGGCUGGAUCACCUGAGGUCAGGAGUUCACAACCAGCCUGGCCAACAUGGUGAAACCCUGUCUCUACUAAACAUACAAAAAAAUAGCUGGACGUGGUGGCGGGUGCCUGUAAUCCUAGCUACUUGGUAGGCUGAGGCAAGAGAAUCGCUUGAACCCAGGAGGUGGAGAUUGCAGUGAGCCAAGAUCGCACCAUUGCACUCCAGCCUGGGUAACGAGCGAAACUCCGUCUCAAAAACAAAACAAAACAAAACUAAAACCAAAAAACCACGAGGGAGACCAGUGCGAAGGGCAUUGCCAAAGUGGAAUCAGUAAGGCUUGGCAGUUGACCUUGUUUGUUGGAGAGAAGGGAUAAGAUUUUAAAGCUACAUGUCUGAAAGAAUGAUGCUGCUGAUCGAAAUAAAUGAAGAAAGGAUGUAUUUCUGGCUCCAACCUGUCCUAGGAAGGCCUAGACACAGAUCAGUGCUAUGCCUCCCUCUCAACCUCAAACACCAACACCUCUAUGCAUUUCCUCUUUGGCUACUAUGUCUUUUCCCUGACUUCUGCUUCUUCAGCUCUCUGGGCUGCCACUUCCACCUGUUCAUCUGACUUAGACCCUCCCUGCUGGGUCCUUGGUCAUCUACUCAUUUGGUGCUUCCUCUGCCAUCAGUACCUCCAUUGCAGCUGGUGGGAUGUCAAUCACCAUCUCUUAUAUUUGCUUCCCACUAGAAAGAUCAGGAGAAGUUAUUUCUUUCCCUUGUGCUCCAAUUUUUCUCUAGACAGUUGGUAUCCAUAAUUUAAAAAAAUGUUCCUUGUUGUAUAAACAAGCAUUGGCUGAGAGGGGCUGUUAAUCCACAUCAUGUCCCUUUUAUAAAAAUUAAUGCAUGGAAUCCUACAUUGUUAUGCAUCAAAAUCUCCAGAAAUGUCUUAGGAUUUUUGCAGUGAGAAUAUUAAAUGCAUUGUUUUGUUUUGUUUUGAAGAGACUAGACAUGCAGAGGAAGAGAGGUGGCAUGGUGGGAGGGUACAUUUGAGUUGUCAACAGCCUCUGCAGUGUCAGAUCAAUUACAUCAGCACUUGGACUGGACCACGGGAAAGGAAUGAUUCUGCCUCCUGGGAAUGUCGGAAGGACCUGAUGAUUAUAGUUGGCAAAGCAAUGAGGAGUGGCUUUGAAUGUCAUUGCUAAGAAUUACCCUUUGAGUAGCAUUUCUGGAUGUCUGAGCUUUUGAAAUGACACUUCUUUUCUGCUGUGGCUUUCCUUUCUAUUGGACUGGUUCCCAGAGGGUCGUCUUGUUUGUCCUUGCCCUUGCUUUUAUAUCAGUUCAUGUUUUCUCUUCUGUCAUCUUCCUUCCCAGCCCUGUUUCUCUGCCUCCUCCUUCUGCACUCACAACCGCCUCCCCUCUCCCCUGUUUAGAGGUGGAAGCAUGUAAGAAUGCAUGUGAGGGGGAUGAUUGCCAAAGGACAGCAUAUUCAACAUCUGGUAUCAACAAGGUAACAUUUAGCCUUGACUAGCCAAACUACUGAUGACCUGCUUCAAUGCUGGAUCUGCUGCUUUUUGUGUUGAUGGUACUCAGAAAUCAUGGGAAAGGUCUUCAGUGAUCCAUGACUGCAACAAAUUAUUUUCCUAAUUGUGCCGUAUAUUAUGCCCCUCAACACAACUUACUAAUCUCUGCCUCAGUUCCUCCAUCUGUGAAAGUGGUGUAAUACUUAUCUACCUCCCUUUAAUGUUGUGAAGAUUAGUAUAUGUUGGUAAAGCACUUUUAAAAUAAAGAAUGAUAUA